GCGAAGAGGAAAGCGACGACGAGAAAAAAAAGCUCGGAAGAAAAUUUCGCCGCCAUCUUGACGUGUGAAGUUCGUCUUUCCGUGCGUUCUUGACUGCAAAAACUCCGGAUCUUCUGUCGGUCGGCAGUUUUGGGUUCGGUUCGGUUCCGUCGCGGCUUGUCCUGUGUUCUGUUCCAGCGGUAGUGGUGUUGCAGUAGAGUGGCCUCGGCCCAAACUUCCUCCAAUACGCGAUAACAACCAACUCCGGGUCCGGUUAGUGUUCGGCGUGUCGUUUCUUCUGGGUGCUGUGAAUGAUUCAGGCGAGCGUUUUGUCCAGCAGAAAAGUACGUUUUCUCCGCAGGAAAAAGAAAAGCUGUGUUCAUUCCAGACACUGAACAAGCUUAAAAACCAAACCAUUCGAAAGAAAUAUAAACCGAAACUAACCGCAGCUAGUAGAGGAGCAUCACACAUACACACAUUCUUAGACAAAGGGAAAAAGCAUCUUCUACGAAGAUUAUCGCGUACCCACAAAAGCAAAGGAAUACAUACACACACACAUCCCGUGCGUGUUCUCCUUAGGUUAGGAUUUUUUUAUUAGCUUGUGGAUAAGUUGUAAAAGGAAGCGAAACCCUUAAAAAACAAAGCACCAGAAUGGGGAACAUGUUUGCAAAUCUGUUCAAAGGGCUGUUCGGCAAGAAGGAGAUGAGAAUAUUGAUGGUCGGAUUGGACGCCGCCGGUAAAACCACAAUCCUGUAUAAACUAAAAUUAGGAGAAAUUGUUACAACGAUUCCUACCAUUGGUUUCAACGUGGAGACUGUAGAAUACAAAAACAUUAGUUUUACAGUAUGGGACGUAGGCGGUCAAGACAAGAUCCGACCUCUGUGGAGGCAUUACUUCCAGAACACACAGGGACUUAUCUUCGUCGUGGACAGUAACGAUCGGGAACGUAUCGGCGAAGCCCGCGAAGAACUGAUGCGAAUGCUGGCGGAAGAUGAGCUCAGAGAUGCCGUUCUACUUAUAUUCGCUAACAAACAGGAUCUACCAAACGCGAUGAACGCCGCAGAAAUCACCGACAAGCUGGGACUGCACUCGCUGAGAAACCGCAACUGGUACAUUCAGGCGACCUGUGCAACAAGCGGAGACGGUUUAUACGAAGGUCUCGACUGGCUAUCCAACCAGCUGAAGAACGCUAACCGUUAAGCAGCGGCGCAGGUGGACAAGAUGAAAAAAAAACAGCCUCAACCAGCGAAGCAGCAUGAUGAUGGUGAUGAUGAUGAAGGAAAGGAUAAAGACGGACGAGCAAUUGCAAGCGAGCGGGAAGAGACACACUGCUAUGUAGAAGGAGAGCAUAAGAGAGUAGAGAAGAGGAAAAGGAAGAACGCCGUUGAUAAUUGAGAUAGGAAAAAGAAAACCAACAAAUAAAGUAGCAAAAAAUAAGGAAACACAGAAAACCAACUCCCUCUUUAAAACAAAGUAAGAAACAAACAAACAAAAAACAGUAAUAAGCAGAAGCCAGCCAGGUGACGUGUGUGUGGAUGAUUAUAUUGAAAAAUUGAAGAAAAUAAUAUAAAGUAAUAUAAAGAUAAAAAACAAGUAAAACACACUGAAAAAAAAAAAACAGAAGCUGAAGCGUAUUAAAUAAUUUAGCAUGUGAGGAUAAAACAUAAGCUAAGCUGUGCAAGAAUUAUGGAAUACAAGUGAGCUGAAAUAAAGUGGGCGAUAAAGAAAACUGAAAAACAAACAAAACCAUGUGCUUAUUAUUGAGUGUGCUACGGAACAACAGCAACAACAACAACCGCAACCUAAACGAGUGAAAGAAGAGGCAUUAUUACACUAUACCCCUACAUAUUGGUCCUGGUUAGGAGUCUUGUGUUGUCUGUGUUGUGCAUGCAAAAAUUGUUCGCGAGGAUUUCCAGAAUUCCCCAGAACUUUUUCCGUUUUUCCGUCUUCUGUCUCCUCGGUCGCUACUGCUUCUGCUGCUACUACUACUACUACCUACUACUAUUACCUUUCAGGAAAUCGUAGGGGCUGCCUUAAUCAAUAUUAUUGUUUAGCGAGAAAUUUAUUUCAACUGUGCAAAGGAUUCGUUUUUCUUUUUUUUUUUUUGUUUCACCUUUAUUCAUUGAGGAUUAUAUUGAAAAUGAAGUAACUAUGCUAGUUUUUUUAUUUAUUAACGCUCCUUUUUAGUACUCGAGCUAAUGGCUAAGAUACAGUUAUUAAGAGGAAAUUAAACAUUCGCAUAUGGAUAAGGAUCUUAUAGAAGAAAAAUGGUUUUUAUUUCCAUUUUGUUCCAAAUUGUUUUGUGAGCGAAACCGUAUUUGGAUGCGUCUGGAUGGCUUUUUCGGUCCGCAAAAAUUCACACUAACAUUCAAACACACACCACACACAAGUGCAACCGGCACAACAGAGAGGACGAGAGCAGAGCUAGUAAGGAAGAGGAUAUCACUUUCAGUUUGUGGGAAUGCAGAGUGACACGUUUUACUUUAUGAAUAAAAAGGGAAAACGAGGAAUAUUUAGACUGCAAUAACGCAACUGCGGAGUUAAAACAUAAACAGCUAAAUGAUACAAGAAAACAACUGAAACCAAUAAAAGACGCUACCAGAUUGAGAAUUAAAAAAAGCAAACAAGUUUAAUAUGGAUUAACCGUAACGGCUGAAAAAAAAAACAGAGGAAGGGACAGACAAGAAAGAUAUCCGGAGGAGACAUCCGAAAACAUUCAUUCAGAUCAGUUUAAGAAGAAGAAAAAAGAACAGCUACAAGUGUAACAGUUACGUUUAAUUAAGAUGAAUAAAAACACUAUAUAUAGACGAGA